CUGCAAAAUCGAAUCCAAGCUCUCUUUCUUCUUGCAUCUUCUCAAUCUUUAACGUCGAAUCAUCGCCCGCCGGAGGAAGAUAACGUUCCUAAAUCGUUCACCCACCGGAGAAUCUUUCUUCUUUCUCCGGCAUCCAAUCCGUUAAACUUUCGUCUGUUUUCGGAAAAUUAAUUUGCGUGAAUCUUUGAUUCCCUGUUUCUAUUCAUCGGUUUUUCGUUGUUGAAGAAAAUCCAUCUCGUUUUCCUUCAAAAGCGAGAUACAGAGGAAGAACAAGAAAUGUGGGAAGUAAUUGCAUGGCUACUGUUCUUCUUCGUCAUCAUAUCUCUCCUCGUUGUUGUUGUUUAUCAGCUUAUGUGUUUUGCAGAUUUAGAGUUUGAUUACAGUAACCCUUACGACUGUGCAUCCCGAAUAAACUGUGUCAUCUUACCGGAAUUUAUAACUCAAGCCAUUUUAUGCUCGCUAUAUCUUCUAACCGGCCAUUGGGUCAUGUUUCUUCUCGCUUCCCCAUACCUCUACUACAAUCUCAGAUUGUAUGGUCGGAGAGAGCACCUUGUGGAUGUGACGGAGAUCUUUAACCAACUCAACCGGGAAAAGAAGCAACGGCUUUUUAAACUCGGAUAUCUCAUUAUGCUCCUCUUCAUCACCUUAUUUUGGAUGAUCUUUAAUGCCUUGGAAGAUGAUGAAAUAUAGAUUUUGAUUCAUUAUAUUGAUUGACUCACUGAGUUGAAACAAGCGUUCCUGGUUUUGACUCGGAUACACGAUUCUUUAACUGUAAAAUUAUGAAAACUUUUGUUGUAUUUUUGUGUGUUUCCGUGAGUUUAAUUUUGUUUAAAUCGGUUGUUUAUUAUUAUUUUUGAGCAUAGAGAAAUACUUGGUUCAUUCAUUUCUUAAU